AGAGAGAGAGAGAGAAACAAUAACAUAAAAGUUCGAAAACUUUGAGGAGGGAUUGAUUAGAAAAAGGGACAUGGAGAUUCUCGUCUUCCGGUGAUCCCUUCAAUUUCCGGUUUGGAUUUGGUGUCACAGCUUCAUUCUCAAUUGCGGUGAUCCCAACAUCAUCGUCAACAACAAUAGACAUCUCUCUCUCCCUCUCUCUCUCUCUCUCUCUCUCUGCAUUGCCCCUUUUCAGUGCAAAAGGAGGCUUAUUGGAGGAACCCCAGAACGAAAUUUUGGAUUUUUAAGAGGAUUCUGGGUCUGGGUGGGACUUGAAUUGGGUUUUAUGGGUUUUGUGAAGGGGAAAGGCCAAUUUUGGUGACACACAACACAAGGUGGUGCUGUUGCCAUGGUUGGGGAUAGAAAUCAGCAUAUGGGGGCUUCUCCUUCAAGCAGUGUGGUCCACAAUACGAAACAAUGGAGGCUCUAUCAAGUUUGGAGGGGAAGCAACAAGUUUUUCUGUGGUGGGAGACUGGUUUUUGGUCCUGAUGUAGCUUCCCUGUUUCUUACAUCAUUCCUAAUUGCUGGACCUGCAAUUGCAUUUUGUGUAAAGAUAUAUCUUAAAAUCAAGAAGGGUCCUGGUAAUGAUCAUUGGUGUCCUGUAUUGAUUGUGGGUGCAGUUCUCACUGUUUUGGAUUUAAUGUUCCUCUUCUUGACUUCUGGGAGAGAUCCUGGAAUUGUUCCUAGAAAUUCAAGACCUCCUGAAUUUGACGAUACAUAUGACAUACCUACUCCUUCCAUGGAGUGGAUUAAUGGUUCAACCCCUCAUAUGAAACUACCUCGAACUAAAGAUGUAAUGAUUAAUGGUCAUGCAGUGAAAGUGAAGUUCUGUGAUACCUGCUUGCUUUAUCGCCCUCCUCGUACUUCUCAUUGUUCUAUAUGCAACAAUUGUGUCCAGAGAUUUGAUCAUCACUGUCCCUGGGUUGGCCAGUGCAUUGGAAUACGAAACUAUCGGUACUUCUUCAUGUUUAUAUCAACAUCAACCAUUUUGUGCAUAUAUGUCUUCGUGUUCUCUUGUAUCAGUAUUUCCCAGAAAAAUGUUUGGAAGAAAAUAGCACAUGAUUAUGUAUCAGAUUUUCUGAUAGUAUACUGCUUCAUUGCUGUCUGGUUUGUUGGUGGCCUCACAGUUUUCCAUUUCUACCUUAUUUGCACAAACCAGACAACUUACGAGAACUUCAGGUACCAAUAUGAUAAAAAGGGGAACCCAUUCAAUAAAGGAUCAUUGAGAAAUAUCAGAGAAACACUUUGUUCUAGUAUUCCCUCUUCAAAGAAUAAUUUUCGAUCAUUUGUUGUGGAGGAUGAGCAUAUGAUGGAUGGGUCUUUCACUCCAAAUAUUGCAGAUGGAAUGUUGACCCCCAAGGAGAAAUAUGAUAUUGAAAUGGGAUCUAUGCGUACAGAAGAUGGACGUAUGCGAAUUCCGGAACUCCUGCAAAAUUUUGAUUUUGAUAAUUUUGAGGAUGAGAUGAGGUUUGCAGAUGGGGAGGGACAACCUUCUUUUGAUCCAUUCUACAGUGUUGAGGAUGGAAAAGACUCAUCCCGAACAUCGAAUGCUACAGUUUUGAAUUUCCAAAGCAUUGAAGAUGAAACAGAACAGUCUGGGCAAAGCUCCCGUGGUGGAGUCAAAGUCAGAGAAUCUGCAAUUACAGAAACCAAUGACAGGAAUAACUAAUGUUAAGCCACAAUGCCAGGUCUUGGUUUUUAUUGAAUAGAGGUCCUCCCUUUGAUUGCUUGUGUGCCUUGAAGUAGAGACUCAGGAUGGUUUGCUUCCAAUGUUGCAACAAUUUGUGGUUCGUAAGAAUUUCCACUGUGCUGGACUCAUACAAGUUCUUUGAUGCUAUUCAUGCUGGAAAUAGGGAGAUUGACCUUGCACUUGUCUCUCAUUUUAGUAUAAAAGUGUGGCAAGUGUUUGUUAUAAGAUGUAAACGUCACUUGCUUUCAAAAUAAUGCAGAAAGAUUGUCUGGCUAAGUUUAUGAUAGGUAUUGUGCUAGGUGUGCCUAUCUCUUCCACUCAGUUCUUUGUUAAGAUCUCUAGAUUGGAUGAUUUUUUCAUUUAAUAGUAGAAAUUUAGAAUUUCUG